AUGAAAGUUGCAGAAUUCAUUGAUCUCAACACAAGAAGUUGGAAUAUUGGACUUCUUCAAGAUUACUUUACUCAAGACCAAGUGGAAGAAAUUCUAAAUAUUAUUCCUCUCACUCAACUAGAAGAUAAGAUGAUCUGGUCCUUAACAACAAAUGUCAAUCAAAAGCUUAACAGAUACAACCCAGCCUAUGAUGACAUAUGCUCUAGAUGUCAAGAAGAAGAGGAGAGCACUACUCACAUGCUUAUUCACUGCAAUUAUGCCAGAAGCAUUUGGAAUGCUAUCUUCCCAGAUAUUACUCAAGAUCUCAGUAACACUGAUAAUAUUCAGCAUUGGAUAAAAACUUGGGACAAAAAAGAUUCUACAAUCAAUUUUGGGAGACAAAGCAAUGUGAAUCUCAUUGUGAUCACAAUGUGGUUCAUAUGGAAGACCAGAUGUGAGCUAGUUUUUGAAGGAAAACAUUGUUCCAUCAACAAUCUGAAAGCCAGGGUCUAUAAUUAUUGCAAUGAGAAUAAAAUACAUACUGACAAUCAAUUGAUUCAGUUGCAGGUUUUAAGAUCCAGGAGCAAUAAUAUGGAAAACAGAAGACAUAACAUGAAUAAAUGGUCUCCUCCUUUAAGGGGAAGACUGAAAAUUAAUAUAGAUGCUUUUGUUUUGCCUGGUAACCAUUAUGCUGGAAUUUCUCUAAUAAUAAGAGAUUUUACAGGUCAAUUGGUGGAGGCAUGGACACUGGUAGAGAGAGUUAGGGAUAUAACUCAGGCUGAAGCUGUUGCGGCACUUAAAGCUCUGCAAUGGAUCAUUCAACUUCAAAUUCAGAAUGUUAUUGUGGAAGGUGAUAACAAGAAAGUUAUGGACAGUAUCAAUGGCAUGUGCAAUAUCUCUCCCUGA